CGGCGGCGGGCGGGGGCAGCGCUGAGGGCUCCGAGGGACGGGAGCGGAGCGGCGGCAUGGCCGGGCCGCACCUGCAGCAGCCCAGCUUCCUGCUGGCCACGCUGAAGGCGGAUUGUGUCAACAAACCGUUUGCGCAGAGGUGCCGCGACCUGGAGACCGUCAUCGAGGAGCUGCCCGCCAAGGAACUACAUGGCAUCUUCCCGUGGCUGGUGGAGAGCAUUUUUGGCAGCCUGGAUGGCAUCAUCGUGGGCUGGAAUCUGCGCUGCUUGCAAGGAAGAACAAACCCUAAUGAAUAUUCUGUGGCCUUGGAUUUCCUGGAUCCCAGUGGCCCGAUGAUGAAGCUGGUUUACAAACUCCAAGCAGAAGAGUACAGAUAUGAUUUCCCAGUCUCAUAUCUUCCAGGCCCUGUGAAGGCUUCAAUACAAGAGCAAGUUCUACCAGAAUGCUCUUUAUACCACAACAAAGUCCAGUUUCCUUCCUCUGGUGGUUUAGGUUUGAAUUUGGCUCUUAAUCCAUUUGAGUAUUACAUGUUUUACUUUGCAAUCAGUUUGAUUACUCAGAAGAACUCACCUGUCACCCAUCAUGUCAGCCCUUCCAACAGUGCUUAUUUCAUCCUGGUGGACACGUACCUCAAGUGUUUCCUACCCACAGAAGGAAGUGUCCUUCCCCCACCUUCUUCAAAUCCUGGGGGAGCCAUCCCUUCCCCUACUCCCAGGUCCCCAGCAGUGCCCUUCUCCUCCUAUGGCAUGCACCACACCAGCCUGCUGAAGCGGCACAUCGCCCACCAGCCCUCUGUGAACGCUGACCCAGCCUCCCAGGAGAUCUGGAGAUCAGAAACACUGCUUCAGAUCUUUGUUGAAAUGUGGCUUCAUCAUUAUUCACUGGAAAUGUAUCAGAAAAUGCAGUCCCCUCACGUCAAGCUGGAGGUUCUCCACUACCGACUCAGUAUCUCCAGUAAACACCACGGUAGUCCUGCCCAAUCCAGCUACCAGGCCCUCCACGCAUACCAACUGUCUCCACCAAUGGCAGAUUUCUGCCUCUCACACAAUAGUCAUUUAAGCAAACCUUGCGUGGAAGAAAAGAUCAGAAUUUGCAUGGCUGUCACCCAGAUUAAGGAGUCAUUCAAGCCCACUGAAGAGCAUGUGCUGGUGGUAAGACUGCUUGUGAAACAUCUGCAUGCUUUCAGCAACAGCCUGAAGCCAGAGCCUCUCUCCCCUUCAGCCCACUCCCACACAGCCAGCCCACUGGAGGAGUUUAAAAGGGUUGUGAUUCCUCGGUUUGUCCAGGAGAAGCUUUAUAUCUUUUUGCAACACUGUUUUGGCCACUGGCCUCUGGAUGCCUCUUUCAGAGCAGUUCUUGAGAUGUGGUUGAGUUACCUGCAGCCCUGGAGGUACGCGCCCGAAAAGCCCCCACAAAGCACAGAGCCUUUGCCUCGCAGCGUCUCGGAGAAGUGGGCUGCCUUCAUUCAAGAGAACCUGCUCAUGUAUACCAAGCUGUUUGUGGGAUUUCUGAACAGAGCUCUUCGGACAGAUUUGGUCAGUCCAAAAAAUGCCCUCAUGGUGUUCCGAGUAGCUAAAGUCUUUGCUCAGCCCAAUCUAGCUGAAAUGAUCCUAAAAGGAGAGCAGUUAUUCCUGGAGCCAGAACUUGUGAUUCCCCACCGUCAACACCGACUUUUUAUGAGCCCCACUCUUGGUGGGAGUUUUUUGUCAUCACGGUCUCCAGCUGUUACAGAUACCUCAUUUAAGGUGAAGAGUCAUGUUUACAGCCUGGAAGGACAGGACUUCCAGUAUAAACAGAUGUUUGGCACAGAAGUCAGGAAUUUGGUGUUAAAACUGGCCCAGUUAAUUUGUCAGGCACAGCAGACAGCAAAGUCCAUAUCAGACCAUUCUGCAGAGACAAUGGCCAGCCAGUCCUUCUUCUCGUGGUUUAGGUUCACACCAUCUGAUGUGAAUGGUUCCUACACAGGCAAUGACCUUGAUGAAAUUGGGCAGGACAGCAUCAAAAAAACAGAUGAAUACUUGGAGAAGGCACUGGAAUAUUUGUGCCAGAUCUUUAAGCUGAGUGAAGCCCAGCUGACCCAGAUGAUGAUGAAGUGUGGGACAGCUCAAGAUGAGAAUGGAAAAAAACAGCUUCCAGACUGCAUUGCAAGCGAGAACGGCCUCAUCCUUACACCCCUUGGCAGGUACCAGAUCAUAAAUGGCCUACGCAGGUUUGAGCUGCAGUACCAAGGGGACACCGAGCUCCAGCCCAUCCGCAGCUACGAGAGCGCUGCUCUGGUGCGGCUCCUGUUCCGCGUGUCCUCGGCGCUCAACGAGAGGUUUGCUGAUCAGAUGGAAGUGCUUUGCUCCAGGGACGAUUUUGUUGGCAGACUGUGUCGCUAUCACCUGACCAACCCCCAGCUCAUACAGAAAAUCAGGUACAGCCCCGUGGUGAGGGACAGAACGAGCCAGAACUGGGGACCCAGGAUCAGUCUGAGGUUUCUGGCCAGCUACAGGACUCUGAUCUCUUUGCUGAUGAUCUACUUCCUUGCAUCCUGGUUUUAUGUCGGGCCAGUUGGCUGCACAUUCAUUAUCCUAAUUGGAUAUUUUCUUUAUGCUGUAAUAAUGACUUUUUUCUUCGAAGGAUGGAAACCACAUGAACACUAGUUUCCUCUUCCUGGCUUCUAGAAAUAAAUGUUUUAAGGAUGAGCCCGAGAUUCCAUGACUAAAAUGUUUUAAUUAUAUCAGCUCUUCCUAAAAUAUUUUUUAAUACUAAAGUUAAUGAAGUUUUAUAAACAUUGAUGUGGCCUUGUAGAGAUAAUCAAUGUAAAUUUUAUUUUUAUAAAACUCUUCCUGUACACUCGAGUGAUUAUAUUGUUUGGAUUUUCUUUUUGAGGGGAGAAGAAUGAGCCAUGAGUAUUUAUAAAACUGAGUCAUGCCACAGGUGUAUCCCAUCACUGACCUCUUGACCAGUUCUUCCAGUUCACUGAGGACAGGAAGGAUGUGGUCCAUGA